AACAUACUCUAUCCAAUCGAAUAGAGAAGUGAAGAGUGACGCUUUGGUCUGUUGUGUAGAGAAAUAGGGAAAAGUGCACAGAAAAUUUAGCCUUUUAACAUAACCUAUAUGCUGAAUACGAAGAAUCAAGAAACGGUGUAGGCUUCAAGAUCUUAGAGUCCCCCACUCUGGACGCAUCAUGAGCUGGAGUUUUCUGACGCGUCUCCUGGAUGAGAUCUCUAACCACUCCACCUUUGUGGGCAAGAUCUGGCUAACGCUGCUGAUUGUCUUCCGCAUCGUGCUGACCGCGGUGGGAGGCGAGUCCAUCUACUACGAUGAACAGAGUAAGUUUGUGUGCAACACGCAGCAGCCCGGUUGCGAGAACGUGUGCUACGACGCCUUCGCACCGCUCUCGCACAUUCGCUUCUGGGUCUUCCAGGUCAUCAUGAUCACCACUCCCACCAUCAUGUACCUGGGCUUUGCCAUGCACAAGAUCGCCCGCAUGGAUGACGACGAGUACAGGCCCCCCGGGAGGAGGAUGCCCAUGGUGAGCCUGGGGACCAACCGCAGCUACGAGGAGGCGGAGGACAACGGCGAGGAGGACCCCAUGAUCUCCGAGGAGAUCGAGCCAGAGAAGGAAAAGAAGAAGGAUGAGAAGCAGUCCAAGAAGCACGACGGGCGUCGGCGGAUCAAGCGCGACGGCCUCAUGAAGGUGUACGUCUUCCAGCUGAUUUCGCGCGCCGCAUUCGAGGUCUCCUUUCUGUUUGGCCAGUACGUCCUCUACGGCCUGGAGGUGGCCUCGUCGUACGUGUGCACACGCUCGCCCUGCCCGCACACGGUGGACUGCUUCGUGUCGCGUCCCACCGAGAAGACCAUCUUCCUGCUCAUCAUGUACGCCGUGAGCGCCCUCUGUCUCCUCUUCACCACUCUGGAGAUCCUCCACCUGGGCUAUAGCGGCAUCCGGGACUGUUUCUGCCAACCUAGGCCCCGAACGCCAGCCCGCCUGCUGGCCGCCCCACGGCCCAUUCUCUCUGGACGCCAGGUGCCCACGGCUCCCCCGGGCUACAGCACGGUGCUGAAGAAGGACCCCAAGGGUGCGCGAGUGGACUACAACCUGGGCGGCUCGGGUCCCGAGGCGUUCGGCGACGAGGCGUCGCUACGAGACAUGGAGCGCCUGAGGAGGCACCUGAAGCUAGCCCAGCAGCACCUGGACCUGGCCUACCAGAACGAGGAUAACAGCAGCCCGUCGCGGAGCAGCAGCCCUGAGUCCAACGGGACCGCAGUGGAGCAGAACCGCCUCAACUUCGCCCAGGAGAAGCAAAGCAGCGGUGAGAAAAGUUUACGAGCUUAACUUCCUCACUGGCCCAACAAACCCUCUCGGGAUAGAUUAUUGCAUCUGGAACAGAGGGGGAACAACAGGGGGAUUGUUUGGGGACAGGUGGUCUGUGUCUGUAUGUGUGUGUGUGUGUGUGUGUGAGAGAAUCAUCGAAUUAAUCCAUCUGCCUUCCAGUGAAGGCCACUGAACAUCUAAGGAAACCAUGCCAAACCUAAUGAGCAGCAUUCCUUCCAACUAUACUUGAGCAUGUCUGAAGAUCCAAAGUGUCCUCAAACUGUUUUCAGAACAUUCCUAUCAGUUUCUCAGGGCAGCUGUGCUGUUUUGUGAAGUAUUUUCCAUUUUUAUAUAUAUAUUUUUUUUCUUUUUACAUUUUCGGGAAUACUGUAGAUUUUUUUUCCAUUCUCGUUUGUCCUCUAUACUGGAGCAUAUAUCAAGUUUGCCUUCAACCUUAAACUGGAGUUUACAUUUUAGCCAUUCCAAAAAAGGUAAGGCCAGGUCAAGUGGAUUGCAAAACCAUGUCAACGUUGGUGUUUUUUGUGAGGAAUAGGGGUGAGUCUGUCUGUGGAGCUGUGAACUGGUGUGGUUAUGGACAGGGGCGCUCUGGUAUAGAGCGUAGGAAAUGGUACUAAAUGGUGGAAUUAGAGUUGGGUGUGUAAGGACUGAUUACUGGGUGAAAAACUCUUCAAUGUGCAAUAGCUUAUAAUUAACACAUGUUCAUCUUUUUUGGUCAACCACCAGAAACAAGUUUAAUUUGAGUUGUAGCACAAAAAUGCAUAGUUUGCGGACAGGGUGCCUACUUGGAUCAUGACAACCCCUUGCCUAAAUCUGAUUGUUGCCAAUAUGGGAACUGGAAGCCUAUUUUGGGACCUUUUGUCCAAAGGAUCAAAAACCUGGAUAAUGCUUGAAAUCAUUUACAUUGUAAUCUCGCCUGGAAGAUUUGAAACAUGCUUUUGAUACGAUUUUUUUCUACUUUGUAUGUUUUAUGGAAGGUGUUUGGAGAAUAUCUGACACUUAAAAGUGCAAGAAUAAGCCUUUAUAAUGGCCAAACUGUAAAAAAAAAACAUGUGUCUGACAGUGCAUCUAAGGAUUUCUUUGUUGUUUUUUCUGUUGUCUGCAUUUACUGAAGGACUCAUUAAAAGUUUCUUACACAUUGAAGAUGAACACCAUUUGAACUAGUUUAUACAGCAGGUAAACUCUGGGUCAUGUUCAGUAUGGCAAUGUGUAACAUGUUAAACCUCAGAAAUAGAAACACUAAAGAUGCGUGGAGGAUUCUUAAACAUACCAAAUUUGUAUGAUGUGUUGAAAUUGGAUUAAUAAUGUCAUACAUCUUGGAAAGUGUGCAGGUUGUAACAAAACAAUGAGUAGGAUGAGCACAUGCUGAAAUUAUAUUUAAAAAAAUUAUUCAAAUGUGGUUAAUUGAAUAUAUAAUUGUUUUACCUCUGACGUUUCAGUAUACCUUUUUUGGGGGAAUUUAUAAUAAUAUUACAGCAUUACAUUUGUUGAAUGGCAUUUUCAGAUAUUCCAUACAACUCUGUUCUAAGUAAUUUUCUUCAGUGGGAUUUCCCCAGAAAUGUGGAACUGGGUGUUUGUGGCUCUUGAUUUGUCUAUGCAAUUCAAAGUCAGUGCUCUGUUCAGUGAUCAUUUAGGUACUGAUGCAAUGUUUAAUUCAAAAGCCUUCAAACGUUAAUAAUGCAGACAGUAACGGUUGGACAUGUAAUGUAAAUGUUUCUGUUUUGGAAGUUGAUGUGACCCAAUGCCUUCAAAGUGCCCUUAUGAUUCCAUCAGUGCACUCAUCAUAACAGCAGUGCUCGUGUCAUCUCAAACAAUUUUUGUAUACCUUUUUUUAUUGUACUUUUGUAUGAAUUGUAUUUUUCUGUUCAGUUUCAUAAAUACACUUUUUCAAAUAAAUUCGGUGUCCUUUCAUUAUCUAUGUUAUGUGAUGCCCGCUUCAUUAUCUAUGAAGCGGGCAUUGAGGCAUUCGGUUACUGUUUGGAUGUAAGGGGCAAGAUUUUUUAUGCAACAUACUUGAGCAUGAUUGACAGUGCCAGGUAAGCCAUUCCAGUAUCUUAUUGUUGUGGAGAGGCAAUAAUUGUGCUAGUACCAUUGAUCAAUAAUUGGCUAGUUUUAUUUUGCUGAAAUAUCCAUAUGGCCAAGUAAGUGUAAACAAAAAACACUUCUGUCAGUGCAAAUUCAUGUAACUAUAUACACUGCUCAAAAAAAUAAGG